AUGUUAAUCGGUGUGCUAGGAUGGAGCAAGAUGAUGCUUGUCGAGGUUGUGGAAGAAAUAGAUGCUUUUGGACAGAAGAUGAAGUGCAAUAUUGAUACAAGUUCUUCAGGAGAUAGAGCUACUGGAACAGUUGGUCAAGGAUAUGAAAUUACAAUUCGCAAAAUGGUGAUUGAUCAAAAUAAUGAAAUUGGUGAUAAAUCUGGUGAAAAUGAUUUCUCAUCUGAAGAAGAGAGCAACAAUGUGAGUUCUGGAUUACAGGGAAACCCAACUUCCUUGAAUAGGCCUGAGAAACAGGGAUUUAAUAAUAAUUUUGCAACCAUGGCAAAUGCUAUGGCAGGGAGAAAUUUGCGCGAAAAAGCUGCUGCAGAAAGAACGAAAGAUGUGGUUCCAGAACUAAUGAACAUUAUUCUUCCAAGUGGAGAUGUUUUCAAGGCAGCUAACUUAUUCACUGCAGAUAAAGACAAGAUUGAUGAGCUUUUCAACCUUCCCAUUGAAAUGCGAAGGUUUUACGUGAUCAGUCUACUUGUUCCUGCGCCAAGUAUUUAA